UUUGAGAAUCUACAGCUCACCACCAAAAAGACACAAGAGCUAAAGAUGGCAUUCUCAAAAGUCCUCAGCGAUGCUGACAUCACUGCAGCCCUGGAUGCAUGCAAAGCUGACGGCUCCUUCAAACACAAGGACUUCUUCUCUAAGGUCGGUCUGACUGGCAAGUCCUCUGACGCCAUCAAGGAGGCUUUCCGUAUCAUCGAUCAGGACAAGAGUGGCUUCAUUGAGGAAGACGAGCUGAAACUGUUCCUGCAGAACUUCAAACCCGGAGCGAGGGCACUCACUGACGAAGAGACCAAGACUUUCCUCAAGGCUGGAGACACUGACGGUGACGGCAAGAUUGGAGCUGAUGAAUUCGCUAACCUGGUUAAGGCAUAAAAUGCUUCUGACCAACAACCUCUACUUCUCGCUCUGAAGGAACAACUUUGCCCGAGACCUCCCAUGUUCAUCUGACUAUAAAUAAUUUUUAUACCGAUGCUUAUGAGAAGUUUCCUCCCAUGCAGCACACUGUCCAAAGUGAUGAUUGUGAAUGUAGCGCAGCUGUGUAUC